AUGAAAUGUCAAAAGUAUUUUUAAUUGGUAAUAAAUCAAUCGUAAUUAAUUAUACAAAAUGCAUACAAAUCAAGUAUUUGGAUAUUCACCAUUAUAGUUAAGCAAGGAAAACAUUUUUUAAUACUUAAAAUUGGAUAUGUAUGGGUAGUUCAUGAUCAAUUAUAGUGAUAUUUAUAAUCAUUAAGAUCCGUCCCUGUAAUAUUCGCUGUAAUAAUUAUUUCAAAACUAAUGUUUUAUUAUUGAAAAGCAUGUUUAAAACAAAAUCCGGUAAUUACGUAAUGUAAUGUAAAAAAAGAAAGUUGGUGGGCUUCCUUAGCAGAAAAUGUCGCAAAAAGUGCUUAUAAUCGGAAUAUGUGGUGUAACGUGCGGCGGAAAAACAACAAUUGCUAACAAGUUAAACAAUAUUUUACCUUCAAGUAAAAUAUUGUGUCAGGAUGAUUAUUUUCUUGAUGUGAGUGAUCCAAGACACAAAUGGAUUGAAUCUUUGGACCACAUUAACUUCGAUAUUCUCACAAGUUUGGAUAUGGAAAAAAUGCAUUCUGAUAUUUUAAAAUUUAUUGGAAACAAAACUAUUAUAACACCUGGGGAAAAAAAUCAUCAAAAAAAUUUUAAAUUAUCUUUAGAUAAUAAUCUCAACAAAGCUGUCAUUGAAAAAAUUUGCAAUGAUAAUAUUGAAGUUUUAAUCAUUGAAGGAUUUUGUGUAUUUAAUUAUAAGCCGAUGAGGGAUUUGUUUAGUUUGAAAUAUUAUUUUACACUUUCCAAAGAGGAGUGCUUCAAAAGGAGAACCUUGAGGGUGUAUGAUCCACCAGAUUGUCCAGGAUAUUUUGAAAUUUGUGCAUGGCCUGAACAUUUAUCACAAUUGGAAGAAGUAAAAAAAGAAUUUAAUAUUACGUACUUUGAUGAGCACACAAAUAAUAUACUUGAACUGAUUUUACAGGAAAUAUUAAAUCAAUUUUAGUAC